AGCGCAUCACCACGCAGCCCGCAUCACUAAGCGGCGGCGGCUGGAGCGGCAGGUCGGACGGACCGCGCCGCGGAUGAGUGAGUCUGGAAACGAGGGCACCGAUGGAGAGUCUCGAUCCCACCCGGACUUGGUGGAACUGAUCGAGCCGCGUGGACGCGCGCCGCGGGGCAAACGGGCGCGCGUGGAGCUGGACCGCAUCUGUCGCGGGUGGAAAGUUUCUCGCGGCGGAGAUCGUCAUGAGUGGCUCGCGUUGGCGGCUCCUGGGAGGCUGCCGCGUCCUCCGUGGCGCCUCGCUCACUCCGAGUCGCCAGCUCUCAUGACACGAUGUGAACCCACCGACGAUUAGACCACUUAAUACAGAUGCGCGUAUGAAGGCGGACACUUUCGAGACUUCGUGGAAAUGGCAAGUCGGGCCGCGUCGAUGCAGCGGACGGCGGCGUUAAUAAGCUGCGUGCUCAUCGUGACCAUCGGACUGUGCGUCGGGUCUCCGAGCCGCGGCCGCCGCCUCGUCUGCUGGAAAGCCAUCCUCAAGUGCCACGGGGAGCCGGAGUGCCAUUACGCGUACGACCAGUACCUCUACGCCUGCGCGUCCGUCAUCAGCGGGCAGCGCAAGAAGUGCCCGAGCCACUGCAUAUCCUCCCUGAUCCAGCUCAACCGGACCCAGAGCGGCCCGGCUCUGGAGGACUGCGACUGCGCCAUGGACCCGGCCUGCACGAGCGCCAAGCAGGCGAUCGAGCCGUGCCUGCCCAGGACCAGCACCGGCACCAUGGGCUGCACGGAGGCGCGGCGGCAGUGCGAGCUGGACGCGUCCUGCGGCUCCGCCAUGAAGGACUAUUUGUUCCACUGCCGCAAACUUUUCGGAGGGGAGCGCUGCACGGACGGCUGCCGCAGGGUGAUCGCCGACAUGCGCGCCACGCCGAAAGCGCAGCAGCUCGACACGUGCGUGUGCGACGGCGCCGAGAGGAACAUCUGCGAGUACAUCAAGGGCAGCAUGAAAACCUUCUGCUCCGACGCCGGGGACAGAUUCGCGGGGAGCGGCUUCUCGGACUCGGAGGAAGACUCCGAUGACGAUUACAUGGAGUCGGAGGAUUAUCAAUACGGGGAAAACUCCAGCGGUUCGAUAUGUGGCCACACUGGGCUGAAUGUCCUGACCACCAUUUUGGUUUUAGUUAAAUUGAUCUGAAGAGCGUCUGGAGAUUAAACCAGAUUUUAUGCUACAAGCACACACACACACACACACACACACACACACACACACGCGUGGAUAUCCGUUCUUUUUAGGGGAAUAAAUCAAGCAAUGACAUGUUAGAUAUGUUUCAGUCAUGUUCAUAAACACUAGUCAUCUGAAUCUAAACGUUAAAGCAGCCUAUUUUUGUAUGUCAGAUGUAUAAUAGGUAAAUUGUAUAGUAUAUUGUAAAGUUAUUUUGCCAAAAUAUAUGAGAUAUAUUUGCACUGUAUGAAUAGCUGAGUCCCACAAUUUACUGCAUAGUGAGGAAGUGUGUGUCUAGAAGUGCCUAUAAAACAGGUUUUACAGUAUUCACUGUGAUGUGCCGACAACCAAGAGAGGAGGCGCUUUCUCCACACGCCCGCUAUCAGAAGCCAAAGUUGUGAUGAGUCACUCAAACUCCCAAAUCCUCCGUCCACUUGACCUCGCGCACGUGGAUGUUGGAUGUUUGUGUCGAUUUUAACCGAGGAGACCGAGGUAAACAGCGCCUCCGCCUCUCGGGAUCCGCGGCACAGAUGGAGCCGCGGAUCCGUUUGUUCACCUCCGGCCCACGGAGAAAAGGGGGAGACGCGUGCGUUUGGGGGCGAGUGGCGGCAUUGAACGCACCGGUUCCAACAAACCGCUCAGAAUGUACGUGCACAUUGAAUAAAUACGAGUUUCAAAACGAG